GAUUCACCGCGCCGGCAACUGCACGUUCAUCCUUGAUAUCCCCUUUCCCUCCACUCUCUCACUAAUCUAAUCGCGCUGGAUUCACGCAUCUUGCGAUAUUGAUAGCCAUCAUGGAUGAAUCCAACAACCCGACGGAGAAUUCCACCGCCGAAACUCGAGACGAAGAGCUCGAUGCCUCAAUAGAGGCAGACAUCUCGCAAGAGCCCCUCCAUCCGGACCCUAUGCAAAUAGAUUCGAAUGCGAAUGAAGCGAUACCAACAGCGCAGAACGAAAUACCUGCGUCAACAGAGCCUCGCAUACCGGCCAAGAAAGAUGCCAGCUUACGCGAAUUUCUGGCAAAGAUGGACGACUAUGCGCCAAUUAUCCCCGACGCAGUGACGAAUUACUACCUUACGCUCGCGGGGCUUCCGCCUCCACCCCAAACCCCGAUACAACUGACCCGUCUUCUUUCGCUUGCAACUCAGAAAUUCAUUGCUGAUAUCGCCGCGGACGCCUACCAAUAUGCACGUAUCCGCUCCUCAAACACGUCGUCGACAAAUCCGAUGGGCGCCACUGGCGCGGCUGGGUUCCCAGCUGUUCCGGGGGCCGGGCCAAGCGGCACAGGAGGCACUGGCAAAGAGGGCGAAAAGAACAAGAAUCUAGGCGUGCAGAGGCCCGGUUACGGCGGAGGUGGUCAGGGUGGCAGCGGACAAGGCCGAACGGUCCUGACCAUGGAGGACCUGGGCAUGGCCGUCGGAGAAUACGGGGUCAAUGUCAAGAGAAGCGAAUUCUACCGAUGAUUAUAGCCUGGAAAGGUGUUUUUGCCAGGAACUGUCAAAUGCGAGAAUGAGAAGUCUUGAUUGACAGGACAAUAUAAUGACGGGGAAUAGGAACUGCAGCUCUCCGAUUGCAAGAGCUGAUGACUGUUCCUCAAAUGUCAAAAUUAUCUGCUGAGCUCUUCACUGAUGAGCCGGCUGGGCGACUGGAUCGUUGACAUGCUUUUGAUACAUUAGAUUCGGGUCGCGAGCAGUGGAUGGUACUCGAAAUCACGAGAUAUUUAGAUAGCAACGAUGGGCAAACAGGCGCAAGUGCAGUAUAUUGUAUUAAAAACUUCUGGAAGCAUAUUACACACAAAUAUGUUUAAUCCGUC